AUGGAAUACAACCUGUCGGGCGGGGUUCUGACCGACUCGGACGCUCCUGAUCACAGCCCUAUGACUCUCUCAGACUCCGGGACCCCACAACGAGAAGCAAUCUGUAAAACGCACCAUGAAAGCAGCGAUAAUGAGAAAUCCCAGCAGAAUCAAACGGAUGAUUCGGAUUCAAAGGACCCGACCAUCAAGAAGAAGCAGAGACGCCAAAGGACACACUUUACAAGCCAACAACUACAGGAACUGGAGGCCACUUUUCAAAGAAACCGAUAUCCUGACAUGUCAACCAGGGAGGAGAUCGCAGUCUGGACAAAUUUAACCGAGGCACGAGUCAGGGUAUGGUUUAAAAAUCGCAGAGCGAAAUGGAGGAAAAGGGAGCGCAACCAACAGGCCGAACUGUGUAAAAAUGGGUUUGGCGCACAGUUUAACGGACUCAUGCAACCUUACGAUGAUAUGUAUUCUGGCUAUUCCUACAACAACUGGGCCACCAAGAGUUUGACAAGCAGCCCUCUGUCAGCCAAGAGCUUUCAAUUCUUCAACUCCAUGAACGUCAGCCCCCUGUCCACGCAGCCCAUGUUCUCUCCUCCCAGCUCCAUCUCCUCUAUGACCAUGCCGGCCUCCAUGGUGCCUUCGGCCGUGACCGGAGUGCCCGGGACCAGUCUGAAUAAUUUAAGCAAUCUGAACAACCUCAACAGCCCCUCCCUCAACUCGGCCAUGACUGCCGGCGCCUGUCCUUACGCAUCUUCGGCCAGCCCUUACUCGUACCGGGACACAUGCAACUCAAGCCUCGCCAGUCUCCGGCUCAAGGCCAAACAACACACCAAUUUCGGCUACCCAGGAGUUCAGAACCAAGUGUCCAACCUAAGUCCGUGUCAAUAUGCUGUGGACAGACCUGUAUGA